UCAAAUUCAUCAUCACUUCAACAAUAACUGAUCAACUCACAUCAUCAAUUAUCACUCUUAAUUCCUCUUAUUGUAUUGUGUACAUCUUUUUUUGUCAACAAUUAUAAUGGAGUCAGUGAAGAAAAUGGUAGCAGAGAAGCCAGUGGUGAUGUUCAGCAAAAGCAAGUGUUGCAUGUGCCAUACUAUAAAGACACUCAUAUCAAGUUUUGGUGCUAACUUAACUGUAUAUGAAUUGGAUGAACUUCCCAAUGGCUUACAGGUGGAAAGAGCACUGCUGAUGCUAGGCCGAAGGCCUAGCGUGCCAGCAGUCUUCAUUGGACAAGAAUUAAUUGGGGGUGCUAACGAGAUCAUGAGCCUCCAUCUAGAGGGAAACCUUGUUCCUCUGCUCAUGAAAGCUAAAGCUCUUUGGCUAUAGAAUGUAUAUACAUUCUCUAUAACUUUUUUUUUUCUUGCUUUGGGUAUUUGGUAUUCGAAAUCUACUAGCACGAUUAAUCCAUGUCGAAUGUGCUGGUGAAACUACAAUCCACCAUGUAGAAAGUUCAUAUUGACACCCAGUGUAGUUUGCUUUUCUCAGUGUUUGUGGACUUGAGAGCAUCUUUUAUCAAACAUGCUCAAUGAAUACUCUGUUUUCUCA